UACAGUUUUUUUCCUCUUGUAGAUGCAAGAUUUACGGAAUACAGAAGGAGCCCAGUAUAGUUCCCAUCCUCAGAUGGCAACCAUGAGGCCAAGGGUUCAACCUGCAGAUAUUAGGCAGCCAGGAAUGAUGCAGCAUGGGCAGCUGACUACUAUUAACCAGUCCCAGCUCAGUGCACAGCUUGGUUUGAAUAUGGGUGGAAACAAUGUUCCUCACAACUCGCCCUCUCCACCUGGAAGCAAAUCUGCAACUCCUUCACCAUCCAGUUCAGUCCAUGAAGAUGAAGGAGAAGAUAGCUCUAAGGUCAAUGGUGGAGAGAAGAGACCUGCUUCAGAUAUGGGAAAGAAACCCAAAACUCCCAAAAAGAAGAAGAAGAAGGACCCAAAUGAGCCACAGAAGCCUGUGUCUGCCUAUGCAUUAUUCUUUCGAGACACUCAAGCAGCCAUCAAGGGCCAAAACCCCAAUGCUACUUUUGGCGAAGUCUCUAAAAUUGUAGCUUCAAUGUGGGACGGCUUAGGAGAAGAACAAAAACAGGUAUACAAAAAGAAAACUGAAGCUGCCAAGAAGGAAUAUCUGAAGCAGUUAGCUGCCUACAGAGCAAGCCUUGUAUCCAAGAGCUACAGCGAACCAGUUGAUGUUAAAGCCUCCCCGCAACCUCAGAUGAUGAAUUCAAAGCAGUCUGUGUUUCAUGGGCCUGCCCAGGCUCACUCUGCACUGUACCUCAGUUCCCACUACCACCAACAACCAGGAAUGAAUCCUCACAUCACUGCCAUGCAUGCCAAUAUCCCCCGGAACAUAGCGCCCAAGCCCAACAACCAAAUGCCAGUGACUGUUUCCAUAGCAAACAUGGCUGUGUCCCCACCGCCGCCUCUUCAGAUCAGCCCCCCUCUGCACCAGCAUCUCAACAUCCAGCAACACCAGCCAAUUUCAAUGCAGCAGUCCAUUGGAAACCAGCUACCAAUGCAGGUCCAGUCUGCUUUACAUUCACCUACAAUGCAGCAAGGAUUUACUCUUCAGCCUGAUUAUCAGAAUAUCAUCAAUCCAACAUCAACAGCUGCACAAGUUGUUACCCAAGCAAUGGAGUAUGUUCGUUCAGGGUGCAGAAAUCCUCCAGCACAGACUGUGGACUGGAAUAAUGACUACUGCAGUAAUGGGGGCAUGCAGAGGGACAAAGCACUCUACCUUACCUGAAAAUCUGAAACACCUCUCCUUUCCACUGAGGAAUGCAGGGAAGUCUUUUCAUCAUGGAUUGCUUUAUGCAGUCAAGGCAGUUCUGCAUUUUAUUAGGAAAUACAAGUUGCUAAGCACUUAGGACUAUUUGAGCUUGUGGGUCACCCACCCUGGGAAAAAAUAGUCUUGCUUCUUUCUUUUUCUUUUAUUUUUCCCCCUCAUUUUUUCUCUUUCUUUCUCCUUUCCACCCUCACCCUGAAAUCCUUUAACGGACAUUGCUUUUCUUCUUCCCUGAAGGAAACUUGGACCAUUCAGAUUUUAUGUUGGUUUUUGCUGUGAAGUGCUGCGAUAGUAACUGCCUUAGCAACUGUAGAUGUCUCGGAUAAAAGUCCUGGAUUUUCCAUUGGUUUUUCAUAAUGGGUGUUUAUAUGAAACUACUAAAGACUUUUUAAAUGGCUUGAUGUAGCAGUCAUAGCAAGUUUGUAAAUAGCAUCUAUGUUACACUCUCCUAGAGUAUAAAAUGUGAAUGUUUUUGUAGCUAAUUGUAAUUGAAACUGGCUCAUUCCAGUUUAUUGAUUUCACAAUAAGGGUUAAAUUGGCAAACAUUCAUAUUUUUACUUCAUUUUUAAACAACUGACUAAUAGUUCUAUAUUUUCAAAGUAUUUGGAGAAAAAAAGUGAAAUAUUCCCAAAUUAUAUUAAUUAAAAAUAUUGGCUUUGUCUCAUGAAAUAAAAACAAAAAAAUAGGAAAAAACCCUAAUGUUGAUAAAGAGCAAACACAUUUAUUUUGUACUGCCUAAAAAAUACUUCCUUUUUUUUAAAGAAAAUCACUUUAUGUGUACUGGUUAGUAAACGCCCUUUAAGCCCUUUUAUGUAUAAAACUGCCAAAUGCUUACCUGAUAUUUUAUUAGAUGCAGAAACAGAUUGGAGACAGGUAAAUUAUAACCUUUACAUAUGGCUAUGUAUUAUUGUUUCUUCAUACUGUGUCUGUAUUUAAUCUUUUUUAUGGAACCUGUUGCGCCUAUUUAUGAAAUAAUAAAUAUAGGUGUUUGUAAGUAAAUUUGUUAGCAUUUUAAAGAGGUUUCUUUGACGCUUUAACUUUUGCUGGCACAAAUUGUUCACAACUGAUGUGAAUACUUUAUUUAGUUUUUACAGUGACAUAUAUAACACCAAACCUGCUUUACUGGCAGAAAAUUAAGGUAACCUAUACUUAUUUCUGUAUUUUGAUGGUUGUUAAGGAAAAAAAGUAUUUUAAGUAAUUCCCUUUUUAAAGUAUUGUAGCAAGAUGUUGCCCAAAACUAAGACUUGAACCAACAAAACUAACUGAAUAAAACUGCAUAAUGCUGCUUCUUGAAACUUCAUCAAUUUUGGUUAAUUAGUUGAGUGGAAUAAAAAUAUUACCAACAGAAAUAUUACCAA